CUUGUAGCUUUGAUAUACGGGGAUUCAAAGAACUUGACUUGUAUCUACCGUUCAUCUGAAACGGGUCAAACUUCUCAUUAGUAUAUAAAGUGGAACAUUUUCGUACCUCGGUUCAUUUCAAAAUGAACCGUAGGAUUUUAUUUUAUAUUGUGCUUGAAUUAUUAAUUAGUUUAGCGGUAGUAUCAUCAAUAACUGAAGAUUCAGAAAACUUUGUACAAAGUAGAAAAACAAGAGAUGCUUUAGAAGAACCCACAUCUAAAGUAAAUUAUACUGGAAAUCAGAUAUGGAAAACCAAGUUAAUCAAUGACCAACAUAAGAAAGUAAUAAUGUCUCUUAGAAAUCAGGGUUUGAUUCAAACAUGGGGUGGCAACAGAACUAGUUUGGAUAUAUUGGUUAAUCCUAUUAAUCUAAAUGAAGUAGCAGACACUUUAAGAAAUAAUGAUAUAUUAUAUAAUAUUAUAAUAGACAAUUUACAACAGGCAAUUGAAGAUGAAAAUCCUCCAAUUACUCAUGAUAAUGAAGAUAGGCAAGGUCAUCGGAUGACUUGGAAUUCAUACCACAGAACGAGUGAUAUAUGGGGAUUUAUUGAUUACUUAGCACAAACGUUUCCAGAUUUCUGCAAGGUGUUCACCAUAGGACAAACACACGAGAAACGUGAUAUUAAGGUUUUAAAAAUUUCCAAUGGCAAGGUUGGAAAUAAAGCGGUAUGGAUCGACGGAGGCAUGCAUGCAAGAGAAUGGAUUUCACCAGCAGUUGUUACAUAUAUUAUUAAUCAGUUAGUAUAUAAUUUGGACAAUGAACCUGACUAUAUGCAAAAUAUCGACUAUUAUAUAGCACCUGUAAUGAAUCCUGAUGGAUAUGAAUAUUCUCAUACUAUUGACCGAAUUUGGAGAAAAAAUAGAAGACCCAAUGACCCAACUUUAUCAGGAUUUAAACUCUGUUAUGGAACAGACUUGAAUAGAAAUUUUGGUUAUAAGUGGGGACUAGGAGGAACGUCUAAAGAUCCUUGCGACGUUACAUAUGGUGGAACUAGACCAUUUUCUGAAUUGGAAUCUAAAGCUAUGAAGGAGUUUAUCCAAGGAACUGCAGCCAACUGGAAGGCAUAUAUUUCAUUCCAUUCCUAUGGUCAAUAUAUUUUAUACCCUUGGGGUUACGCAUCAGCAGUAACCACAGAUUACAAGGACUUGCAAAAUGUAGCGCAUAAAGCUGGUGCAGCCAUUCGUGCUGCAGGUGGUCCAACUUACACAAUUGGUCCUGCAGCAAGCACCUUGUAUCCAGCUGCUGGUGGAUCAGAUGACUGGGCAAAAGGAGUUGUCCGCAUGAAAUAUUCUUAUACUAUUGAACUUCGAGAUGACGGAAGAUAUGGUUUUGUAUUGCCCGCCAGUUAUAUCCAGGUAACAAGCAAAGAAGCUCUUGCAGCUGUGCGAGUCAUAGUAGAAGCGGCUUCUCAAGCUUAACACUUUUUGCUCAAAUUUUGGAUUUUCUACUAUCGAGACUACAUUAAUGGAAAAGUGUAAAAUUAGUACACUGUGAUAUAAUUUGGUAGGUAUAUAACAAUUAGCUGUGUAUUAGAAAAUAUACUGUUUAUUUUUGCUGUAAUAGAACUGAUUAAAUUCUACCUGUACA